CCCGUCGCCUGUCCGCCUCAUCCUCCCAACACCCAAGUGGACUGACUGUCUCCCCUUCCCCUACCCAUCAUCCACUGGAGCUCCCUGUCAUCGCUUCCGCUCACACCUCCAAGAUGGCCAGUACCGCCCGUCCCACCACUCCCCUCCGUCGCAUCUCCCGCGGCUCCAUCUCCGCCCUCUCCUCCUCCCGUGGUGGGCCCAACUCGAGUUCCUCAUCCAGCACUCCCCUCUCCUUCCUCGAAGGACCCUUGGGAAAUCUAGCCGACGAAACUUCCAUCCUCUCCUCCAAUUUGGCCGAGUUGGCAGAGAUUUAUGAGGCAUUGAAUGUGUUUAAUGAAGGGUUUGGAGGGUUUGUGUAUGGAUUGAAGGUAGCGGCGUAUUGUAUUGAGUGGGCAGAGGCGCCCCAGGAGGAGAAUUUUGAGAAUGCAAAGGAGAGAGAGGCCGCCUUCAUACGCGACCAAGCCCUCCUACCCACAACAUCUCCCUACAGUCCCGCUCAUAACACUGCCCUGGCCUCCGGCUCUGGGACAGGGUACAACAACCCAGCAGAUCAGACGUACGUCACACAAGAUGAAAUCAGCUUUGAGGCCGCUACCGCCCCACCAGGACGUUCGCGCACCACUACUCCAAAGAAGAACUCAACGCCGGUAUUGAAGAGCGCAAUGAAGAAGGGUACGACAAGCGUUGGGGCGGGUACGACUGGUAAGACUGGAGCUGGAGCUGGAGCGACAGGCGCUGCUGCUGCUGGAGGGGCUGUGAAGCCGAAGAUUACCUUGGCGCAGAAGAAGAAGAGGGAAAAGUAUGCAGAGGAGAUCAUUGAGACUUUGCCGCUAGAGUACAGAAGCAACGAUCCCGCCGCCCGCCGUCUAGCUUUGGCAGUGCUCAUGGCGCUCAUAGCAGCCGGUCCACACGGAGCCAGGAUGGCCGAUAUUGUCAAGCCGCCAGAGUUGCCUCAGGUGAAAGUGAACAAGUGUCUAAUGGCACUGGAACGCGCAAAGCACCUCGUAAAGGUCUCGAACAAUGGAGUGGUCUAUUCGCUCGAUCCGGCUCGACACCCGACGCUGCCGUGA